CGUGCGCCUUAUUUGAUAACUAAAGCAAAUUUAAGCGAUAUUUUGUUUUCUACUUUCUAAACAAUACAUUUGCUACAGAUUUUGCUCAUUUAAUUUUCAGGUCCCGUCAUUUCAUUGGCUAUCUCAUUUAGUUCCGCCUCUAUUUACCAACCUACUUCCGCAUUGAAACAUGGCGACUUGCAUUGGCAUGGUUACCCGGCUUUGCACAUAGAACGUCUUAAAACCGAUUUCAAGACGCUUUACAAGGCAGGGAACGAAAGUAUUUACCCCCAGCCGCUCCACACAUGAGAUGCGAAGUUGUCUGUACGAACAUGUCCGCGAGGAAAGUGACAAAGUCAUUGCCAAUGUGGAGACUCGGAAAGGGGAUCUACGGGGAGAAGAUGUCAGGGAGAUUGUAAGCGUUUCUGUAUAUCCCAUCUCACCACACCAUGUUGAAUACUGUAGAUGCAGCCUAGUUACAUGCGCUUUGACCAUCAAGUCAUUGAAGUGUCUUUGAUGUGCAAGAGAGAUUGCCUCUGUGCUUUCAUAUGCUCUGUCUGUCAUUUGCCUUGAAGUACAUUCAUAUGAAUACAGCCUCCCUGGAUGUGGCAGUGUAGGCUACUGCAUUUGUAUCAAUCACAUUGCCUGGUCUCUAUAGGCCUACGUCAGUGGUGUGUUUCUGAUGCAAGUGUGUGUUGCAAGUGUGUGUUUGGCAGCAACUUGAGGUGGUGCUUGAGGAAAUCUCACAGCUGGAGGAGCAGAAGAAAGUGAUAAUCACAGAGUUCGGGCUCUUGUGGUCAGUUGAUAUAUUGACAAUGAUGCCAAUAACUGUGCCUCGAAACAUUGUUUUCAUGUUAUGAUGAGAUAUUAUUUUGUGGGCUUAUUGUGAUCAGCAUUUUCCUUCUCUUCACAGGAUCAGAAUAACAAGAAAGCCCUAGCUAAUGUACUGUAUGUUCUGUCUUGCCUGCUGUGACCUUAUGGUAUUUUCACUUAACAUCAAGGCUGAAUAGAAAGAAUACCCUUGUGGAGUAAGUAAACCAUUAUCUUCUUCAGAUUCCUGAGUUCAAGGAGGCUACGAAGGACGAUCGGGAGAUCCGCCACCGGCUGAGCCAGCUUUACCCCCGAGAACACUAUGGCUGAGCCCUGAGGCUGCCCAACACCACACACCCCAAUGUGGGGUUUAUACCAAUGGUUGUGCCAGACAUGCUGAAGGGGGCUGUAUUUGAGGGUUGUGAAAUCCAGCCUCAUGCCCACAGGUCUCAGGUGUACACUCUGGACCCCACCUGCUUCCCUGACCUCAACCUGGCUGGCACGGGGGAGAUGGGCGUAGCAGGUUAUUUUAUGGACCAUGCUGUUAACUGGAAGGACCUUCCUGUCAUGCCUGUGUGCAGUAGCACAUGUUACAGGGCUGAGACGGACACCGGCAGAGAGACUUGGGGCCUUUACAGAGUACAUCACUUCAACAAGGUGGAGAUGUUUGGUGUGACUGCAGAUGAGACUGGGGAGGAGAGCUCUCAGAUGCCGGAGGAGUUCCUGUCCCUGCAGAAGGAGAUCUCCUCCCUGGAGCUCCACUAUAGAAAGGGACAGUGUGUGUGCCUUGUGCCUCGCAGCCCUGUCCGGGGAUGGAGGUGAUUUUGAAAUACAUCGGACCGAACCAGCCCAAUCGCAUGCCCCGCCCUGUCCCAAAGCCCAGAUGACAUCAUGCACCAACACUCUUACAUCAACAGAAUAACUGAAGCCUUUCCAUCUACAGUUGAAGUCGGAAGUUUACAUACACCUUACACAAAUACAUUUAAACUCAGUUUUUCACAGUUCCUGACAUUUAAUCCUAGUAAAAAUGGCCUGUUUUAGGUCAGUUAGGAUCACCAUUUUAUUUUAAGAAUGUGAAAUGUCAGAAUAAUAGCAGAGAGAAUGAUUUAUUUCAGCUUUUAUUUAUUUCAUCACAUUUCCAGUGGGUCAGAAGUUGACAUACUCUAUUAGUAUUUGGUAACGUUGCCUUUAAAUUGUUUAACUUGGGUCAAACGUUUCAGGUAGCCUUCCACAAGCUUCCCACAAUAAGUUGGGUGAAUUUUGGCCCAUUUCCUCUUAACAGAGCUGGUGUCAGGUUUGUAGGCCUCCUUGCUCGCACACACUUUUUCAGUUCUGUCCACAAAUGUUCUAUAGGAUUGAGGUCAGGGCUUUGUGAUGGCCACUCCAAUACCUUGACUUUGUUGUCCUUAAACUCUUUUGCCACCACUUUGGAAGAAUGCUUAGGGUCAUUGUCCAUUUGGAAGACCCAUUUGCGACCAAGCUUUAACUUCCUGACUGAUGUCUUGAGAUGUUGCUUCAAUAUAGCCACAUAAUUUUCUUUCCUCAUGGUGCCAUCUAUUUUGUGAAGGGCACCAGUCCCUCCUGCAGCAAAGCACCCCCACAAUAUGAUGCUGCCACCCCCGUGCUUCACGUUGGGAUGGUGUUAUUCGGCUUGCUAGUGUGAGGAUUUAUGUUUAUGCUCUAUAACCCGCUACCAUAUUACGUAAGAUUGAAUUGUUUGAACAGCAGCUGCUUUGUCUGUGUGUGUGUGUGUGUGUGUGUGUGUGUGUGUCAAGAACUGAGCAACAUGGUGUGACUGCUGUAUGUUGCAAAACUGUAGAUAACAGCUCAACAGCUGCUUUGUCUUUGUGUUUGUGUGUGUGACAAGAACUGAGCAACGUGGUGUGACUGCUGUAUGUUGCAAAACUAUAGAUAGGCGGGUACAGGGAGGGGAGGCUCAUCACAAGGUUUAACUGACGUGGAUAAAUACUGAGUAACACAAUGACAAGAUAACAGGAACGGAGUAGUUGCAGCAACUAGAGUGUGAUACCAGAACAGUAAGAAUCUAUACAUCGAUGGAGGGAGGACUCCAAGAAGCAUCAAGAGGCGGGGACCAGCCUGAGCGCCUACGAUAGGCUGAGCAAGUCUAAACUACGCUCAGCCUCUACUGUAUAUAGAACAGUAUAAGAACAGCUGUAUACUUACUUCUAGUUAGUUCUCUGUUAACCCUGCGUGGUGACACAUUGAACCCGUAUAUACGAAAAUUGCAUUUACCAUUUAUUGCUUACUUACAGUUUUUUCCAACUGCUUACACACGUUUUCAAAACUGUCUCCUUUUUUUCAAAUCUCUACACACAAUUUUCAAAACUGCACAUGCAAAAUGCCUCACAUCUCCUUCAAAAUGUAACACUGCAUUCAAAAUGACAUAAACACAUGUCAGAAUGAAGCAUUUGCAUCAAAUGGCAAACACUACUUUCAUAAUAGUACAUUUUUGGAUAUACCAUGUAAACACUGUUGUUUUAAA